AUGAAAAAUAUCACUGCGAUCACGCUGGCCGCUCUUGCGGUCACCGCGUCAUGUUCAGCUCCGGAGCCCACUGGUGCUAGCUAUGCAUCUGGAUUCGACAUGAAGAGGAGCUGGGCCAACCUAAGCCCCUAUAAGGACGCCGAAAGCUUCGGUGUCCCCAAGGGUGUGCCGCAAAGCUGUGAAUUAUCUCAGGUUCAUGUCUUGCACCGUCAUGCCGAACGGUACCCGACUGAUUAUCCCCUUGACGGCGAGGGUAUGCAAGAUUUUGCGACCAAGUUGACCAACUAUACCAAGACCCACCCCAAGAAGAAAGUGGGCUCGGGUCCUUUGAACUUCCUGAAUAACUGGAAAUAUGUCCUUGGUUCUGAUGCUUUGAUGGAGACUGGUGCAGCUACCGAGGCGACAUCGGGAGCCAACUUCUGGACCAAAUAUGGUAGACUGCUGUAUCGCGCUGACCGCGACACCAUGGCGGCAUGGAAUUCUUCUCUCAAUGUCUAUCCUAACGGCACCGCUCGCCCGAAGCCUGUUUUCCGCACUACAUCUCAGGGCCGCAUUCUGGAGAGUGCUCGGUGGUGGCUCAGUGGAUUCUUUGGUAACAGCGGCGCCAACAGCUCCUACAGUGAAUAUGACCUUGUUAUCAUUCCCGAGGAGUCUGGUUUCAACAACACUCUUGCAUCAUAUGAAGCAUGCACAGGUGAUAUGACAGAGGGUGAUGACUCUGCGACAACGUUCAUCUCUCGGUACACCAAGGAUGCUCGCUCUCGUCUCUCGGCCUUUUUCCCUAGCGACUUUAACUUGACCGCAUCCGACGUGCUCGCCAUGCAGAAUCUGUGCGCGUACGAGUACACCAGUCUCGCUGGCUCAUCCUUCUGCUCCUUAUUCACCGAGCAGGAGUGGAAGGACUUUGAAUACAACGUCGAUGUGCAGUACUAUGGAGACUAUGCCUGGGGAUCCCCGACCGGUCGUGCCCAGGGCAUCGGCUACGUUCUCGAACUCGCGGCUAGGCUCCAGCAGAAGCUGAUCACCUCCAGUGAUACCAGUAUCAACUACACCUAUGAUGACAACACUGCCCAAUUCCCCUUCGGCCAGCCCUUCUACAUGGAUAUGUCCCAUGACGAUAUCAUCCUCUCGGUGAUCAACGCCCUCGGCGUCGACUACUUCAAGUACGGUCCCCACGGCCUGCCAGGCGACCUGGACCAUGCUCCGAAGCGGAACUUCUCUCUUAGUGAGAUGACACCCUUUGGUGCUCGCUUCAUGUCCGAGAUUUGGACUUGCCCUCGCAACCAUUCUUUCAACGACUUGGACCCGGUGCUCUAUGAGAACCCUGUUGUGGAUUCCACUGCUGAUACCACGGAUUAUAUUCGCUUCGUCCUUAACAGUGCCCCUCUGCCUCUUGAAGGUGUUGUUGGCUGCGAAGGGGCCAGGAACGGGUUCUGCCCAGUUGAUCGGUUCUUGCAUGGUAUCCCUACUCUGGAACAUACUGCCAACUAUCAGAAAGCGUGCUUCGGUAAAUAUCCUACCGGAAGUCAAGUUGGAGAUGGUGCGCCCUCUUCUUAA